AUGCCGCCAACACCACGCCCGCCCCAUCCGCUGGCGACGGUGGAGCAGAUCGUGUCAAACCCGUCGGCCCAGGAUGGUAUCCCUGCCGACGUCGAGUCUGACCUCCGCGUCGCCGGCUGCAUGAUGAUCCAAGAAGCCGGCAUCCUGCUCGAACUUCCUCAAAGCACCAUGGCCACCGCGCAGGUCAUCUUCCACCGCUUCUUCUACGUUUCGUCAAUGCUGUCCUUUGGUGUCAACGACCUCUCCGUCUCGGCACUGUACCUCGCAACCAAACUUAACGAGACGCCCGUCCGCAUGCGUGACCUGAUCAACACAUACAUGUACCUCCACGCGCGCAUAAAACAUCUGCUCGCUCAGCCUGCCGGUGCACCCUUGUCUCAGCUGGCUGGGUCCUCACGCUCGGGCAGCGACAAGGGCAAACAGCGUGCAGAGGUUUGGGACGGGUUCGCGUUUUCCGUGCCGAGCUUUCACAGCACCGUGUUUUGGGAAUGGAAAGAGGCUAUCCAGUACAACGAGUCUCAGUUGCUAAAGCGUCUUGGCUUCAACAUGCAGGUUGACCUUCCCUACUCACACGUUAUCAAUUACCUGAGGAUUCUCGACCUCGUGUUCGAAAAGGGCGUAGCGCAGCUCUGCUGGUCUAUUCUAAACGAUGCCCUUCUCACACCACUCUACGCUCAACAGCCCACCCACGUCCUGGCAGUCAUGUCCAUCCUCUUGGCCACCCGACUCCGCCGCAUCCCUCUCCCAGAGGGAUGGUACCUCCUCUUCGACGUGACGUGGGACGACAUCUGGCCGUGCUGCGGCACGGUCAUGCAGCUGUGGCGCGACUGGGGACUGGGCGACUACAGCGACGACUCGAAUGGAAGUGGAAACACGGACACGAACGAGGAUGAACAGCGCGCCAAGGAAGACCGCUGGCGUCGUGCUGGGUGA